AAGGAGAGUCGCUAACUCCCCCCGAGUCAGCAGCAGUCAACAACGCACUCAGUGCACAGUACAGCGACCCACGAAUAUAGCCGCGCUUGCUAUGCGGUACCGUGACGGACGAGUGGGAGUUUAUGUAAUAUCGACUGGCGGAUUUGGAUAUAUAGUGGUGCUGGGGAGGUGAUUCUGCUGGGACAGGAUUGAGGAGGCACUGGGUAAGGAUGCCUGGGCGGGAUGGGGGUGCUGCGUUGAUACGGAAGGGGGGGGAGGUUGAUGAGUGGGGGUUACCUGUGAGGCAUAAGGAGGCGGAGGAGCCGACACAAGCUGGAGAGGUGACGGCGACGGGGGAGGACUGGCAGGAAGGGGAUACGAAGUCGAGUACACAUAAAACGACUGAGGAUAAGGAGGUGCCCAAGGAGAAAACGAAGGCUACGGAAGAUUCGAAUAUACAUAUAAAGGCGGGGGAUAAAGAGAUACCCAAGGAGACGGCGGAGGCUACGACGAAGGGGAAGAAGGUGGUGACGGAGGAUUCGAGCAGCGAUGACGACGAGUUCAAAGAUGCUCCUUCGGAACAGAUACCAGAGGCCACCGAAGCCACCGAAGCCCCAAAAGUGCAAAAGAGUGCAGAAAAGCCUGAGGCUCCUACUAUGGCUAAAGAAUUGAGUCCUGAGACUACGAAGGCCGAGGAUACGAAGACCGAGGGUCCCGCAACUAAAUCACCUACACCUGAAGCUUCUACAACUGAAGCGCCCCCGACCGAAGGGUCUGCAAAGGCAGAGCAAGCCGCCGUCGAGCCCGUAGAAAAGCAAGGCCAUGCUCGAGCUAAGAGCUCCGUAAACAGCAUAUCGAAAGCUGGUCACAAACGCGGCAAGAGCUCGGUGAACAGGGUAUCAGAAUGGUCUCACCAACAGACUGCGGCACAACCCGGGGAAGAGGAUAAGAAAGAAGAUUCCGAGGACGAAUGGCAGACAAUGCCGGCCUAUGCCCCGUUCGAUAUCUACGACGAUGACAACAAGCUCGUCGCGAAGGAGGCCCAUGAUUACGAUGCUGAGGACGCCACAUAUGCUGGGCUUGGUGGGGCUGGGAAGGGAUACACUAGAGUCCAGCUAGAUGAGGAUGCGCAGUCAGCCACGAGCAUGGACGAGCACACCUCAUACCUCUUCAAAGAAGCCAACGGCGGCACCACCGCCGCCGGCUUCGAAGACGAAGAGCAGCGCGACGCCGUAUCCCAGAUGGAAACCACCAAAGACCUCCUCACAGAAGGCCAACGCAUUGCCUACGUAGGCAUGACGCGCCUCGUCCUCUCCUCCAUGGUAAAAGCCCACGAGGUAAUCGAAGGCACCAGCAAGGGCGCCAAGAAGGAGACCAGCGUCGGCACGGCGGCGAUGCGCAUGUUCAGCCAGAAAAUGAUGAUUAGACUGUAUGCACACAUGGAGAUUAGCACACCGGAGCAGAUUAUGAUUGAGCAGCUGUCGGAGCAUGGGGUUGAGCCGAGGGAUUUGACGCCGACGCUGAUGGCGAAUGCGAGGGUUAAGAAUCCGAUGGCUGAGAAGGCGGAGGAGGUGGGUGAGAAGACGGGUAGUCCGCGGCCGGGGUCGGUGGCGGGUGAGAAAUCUGGUGAGAAGGCGGGUGAGAAUGACUCGCUAUCGAGUUCCCAGAUGGAGAAGGAAGAAGCAGCAGCGCCGCCACCGCCGUAUGUCGAGACUGAUGGCGAGCAUUUACCGGAAGUGAGGACGCCAGGGCAAUUACCGACGACGAAGAAUUUGGAUAUCGAUCUAAGGUGGACGGUACUGUGCGAUUUGUUCCUCACCCUCAUUGCAGACUCGGUCUACGACGCGCGGUCCAGGGUGCUUCUCGAACAAGUCGGCAGCCACCUAGACGUGACCUGGCUCGACAUCUGCCGCUUCGAGAAGCGCGUCACCGACGCCCUCGAGAUGCAGCAGGCGGCUGAGAAGGAGAACUGGAACGAAGAUGAGCACAAAGAGUCCCGGCGCAAAAUGGCACUCAAGAAGCGCUACAUGAUGAUGGGUCUCGCUACCGUCGGAGGAGGUCUUGUCAUCGGUCUCUCUGCGGGCUUACUUGCACCUGUCAUAGGUGCUGGUCUGGCAGCUGGGUUCACCACCAUCGGUGUAGCAGGCACGGGUGGUUUCCUGGCCGGUGCGGGAGGAGCAGCGAUUAUUACGUCCGCUGCGGCGACUUCGGGUGGUAUUAUUGCGGUGAAAGCGGCGAAUAGGAGGACUGGCGCUGUCAAGACUUUUGAGUAUAGACCGCUCCAUAAUAACAAGCGGGUCAACCUCAUUGUCACGGUGUCGGGGUGGAUGACGGGUAAGGUCGAUGACGUGCGGUUGCCAUACAGUACUGUUGAUCCUAUUAUGGGAGAUAUUUACUCUGUGCUUUGGGAGCCGGAGAUGUUAACUAGUAUGGGAGAUACGAUUAAUAUUUUGGCUACUGAGGCAUUAACGCAAGGUCUUCAACAAGUCCUUGGAAGCACCAUCCUCAUCGGUCUCAUGGCCGCGCUCCAACUCCCUGUCGUCCUCACUAAACUCUCGUAUCUCAUCGAUAACCCGUGGGCCGUCUCCCUAGUGCGCGCCGAAUCCGCAGGUCUCAUUUUGGCCGACUCGCUCAUCGACCGCAACCUUGGUACCCGCCCCAUAACCUUCGUGGGCUACUCCCUCGGCUGCCGCGUGAUCUUUUCGUGUCUUCGCGAGCUCGCUCGUAAGGGCGCCUACGGCCUCGUCCAGAACGUGUACCUCUUUGGCUCCCCCAUCGUCGCCAAGAAGGACGACUACCUAAAAGCGCGUUCCGUCGUCGCCGGCCGCUUCGUCAACGGCUUCGCGCGCAACGACUGGAUACUCGGAUACCUCUUCCGCCUCACUUCCGGCGGAAUCUCACGCAUAGCCGGUCUCGCGCCCGUCGACGGCAUCCCCGGCCUCGAGAACGUCGACGUCACCGAGCUCGUCAAGGGCCACAUGGCCUACCGAACCGCCAUGCCGCGACUACUCCGCGAGGUAGGCUGGCAGGUCGACAGCGACGAGUUCAGCGAGAUCGAAGACCCGGACCCAGAGAACCACCAGCAGCGACAGCGCGAGCUGAUCAACGAGAUUGAGGAGGCGCGUAAGGAGUUCGAUCGUCAGGAGCGCGAGGCGAAGGGGAAGUUCGGCUUCUUGAAGCGUAAGAAGAAGGCGGCAGCUACGAAGAAGGAGUGGGAGACGUAUCAGGAGAGUCGCGAGGAGGAUUUUGCGGAGCUGAGCACGAAACAUGAUAGUGUGCUUUUUGACAUCGAUGCCAUCCGCGCGGAGCUCGCGAGCGAGAACUUUGAGGUCAAGGAGCUGGAAAGUACGCUGCCGCCUAUGAGGUUGGAUUUUAGUAGCCCGGCUGCGUCGCCGACCGUGCCGUCGUCUAGUCUUGGUGCGCUUAGGGACACAAAAUUAGCGGAUGUGAUUCUGACUAUGGGCACGUACGAAGAGUCCCCGUCCCUGGCGCCUAAGAAGAGCUAUACAUAUGGCCCAGAUGAGGGUUAUAAGAGCUACCAGUCGAGUCCGUACCUCGCGCCAGAUGAUGAGGUGCAGAUGAGCUUCGACACAUCGUAUGCGUCGCCAGCACGGUCGGCCACCGGGCUAGGUCUGUCGCAGUCGGGGCUAAAGGUCGAUGAGGGGGGAUGGGGGGAGCCGAGGUCAUACGAGGUUAGUCCACGGGUGUCAAAAGAACUCAGGGAUAAGCCUUUGCCGCCUGACCCUAAGGAUGGAAUUGAACUAGAGAUGCAUAGGCCGCCGAUUAGGGGUAGCAAGACGGAGCCGCUUGGGGGGAAUGCGUGGGCGGAUGAGGAUGAUGAGGAUGAGUUCAAGGAGAAGGAGAUGGAGAUGACUUUUGCGUGA